AUGUCGCUCCCGUCCGGUGUCAGCAUAACUGCUGAGUGCAUCAAUGCUUAUAAGGAGCUUUUAUACAAGAGAGGAGCAGGUAAACCUGCCUUCGUUAUCUAUAAGAUAUCCGACGACGAACAGUCUAUCAUGGUGGAAGAAUGCUCCCCAGAAAAGAACUACGAAGCAUUCCUACAAAGACUUACGUCUGCGCAUGAUAAUGACGGGAAGCCCGCACCUCGGUACGCCAUAUAUGAUGUGGAAUAUGACUUGAACGAAGACGGCAGGAGAGCGACAACUGUUUUUAUAAGCUGGAUGCCAGAUGUGACGCCUACUCGCAUCCGUAUGCUGUACGCUUCUACAAAGGAGCAGCUUCGAAGGGCCCUCGAUGUCAAAGUAUCCAUUCAUGCUGACGACUUACACGAUAUUGAAUGGAAAAUUAUAUUGAGAGAGGCGAGUGGUGGACGACUCUAAGUCGAUCAUGACGCUCCUCUUUAUCACCAUGGAGGCCUGUUUAGCCCUAUGCUCUUCUCAUCAUUGGCACCGAUAUAGACACGAGAAUAUAUUAUGACCCUCUGUCUACAUUAGAUAACGUGCUAUCUGCACCUACAAUCAGUGGAAGUCAUGGUGAGUCGUGGCGGGAUCUACGGUGGACCAAUGUCUCUUACUAGAGUUGUACGGGAACAUCAAGGUAAUAGGUGGAGAAUAAUGAUCUAGG